UGACGAGGGUAGAAGAAAAGGAGAACUUUUGAAAGGAGAGGCUGAGACGAUGUAUGUGGCAACAAGAAUAUCUGUGGCGGGAGCCGCAGCAUCAUCUGGUUUCUCACCCUCACCCUCACCCUCACCCUCACCCUCACCCUCACCCUCACCACGUUCACAUUCUCUGCCACCGUAUAUCACUCUCCAACGCCGCCGCGGUCAGGUUAAUCAGGUUGGUGUUUAUAGGGUGAACCACCGCAUUCGCUCUCCUCGCCGCCCAUUGCAAGUCUUAUCCGCAGUCGUCUCCACUAGUGAAGAGGUGUUGGAGGUGAGCGAAAUCAAAGAGAGAUCCCGCAAGUGGCUAUGGAGAGACCGAUACUCCAUCAAUUACUUCGUGCAACCUCCAUUAGCUGAAGAUUCUGGUCGUUGCCGACCGCCUUUGGUUCUUGUUCAUGGCUUUGGUGCUUCUAUCCCUCAUUGGAGAAGGAAUAUCACAACAUUGGCCCAAGAUCAGACGGUCUAUGCAAUUGAUCUUCUUGGAUUUGGCGCAUCAGACAAGCCAGAAGGAUUUAUGUAUACAAUGGAAGCAUGGGCAGGGUUGCUAUUGGAUUUCUUGAAUGAAGUAGUUCAAGAGCCAGCUGUUCUUAUAGGUAAUUCGGUAGGAAGUCUUGCUUGUGUGAUCAGUGCCUCAGAAUCUUGCCAAAGAUCUCAACCUCUGGUUAGUGGACUUGUCCUGUUAAAUUGUUCCGGUGGCAUGAAUAACAAAGCUAUUGUUGAUGAUUGGAGAAUCAAAUUGGUGUUACCAUUGCUUUGGUUGGUCGACUUCCUCCUAAAUAAAAAGCCUAUUGCAUCAGCUAUCUUUGAACGAGUAAAACAAAGAGAAACCUUACGGAAUGUGUUGUUGUCCGUGUAUGGAUGUAAAGAGUCUGUGGAUGACACAUUAGUUGAGAUCAUAAAGGAACCUGCAGAUGGUGAAGGGGCGUUGGCUGCUUUCGUAUCAAUCGUGACUGGACCUCCAGGACCAAGUCCAGUGAAGCUGAUGCCAAGAAUUUCAUUACCAAUUCUUGUUUUGUGGGGCGAUCAAGAUCCAUUUACUCCGCUUGAUGGUCCUGUUGGAAAAUACUUCACUUCUUUGCCUUCCACCUGCAAAAAUGUGACUUUCUCUGUUCUCAAUGGUGUUGGACAUUGCCCUCAUGAUGAUAGACCUUCUCUAGUCCACCAAAUAUUGCUUCCUUGGUUGGCCGAUCUUCCACCUACUUAGACGUUCAGAAUUUUCUUUCUACUUGUAUCAUUUUACUUGAUUCCGAAUUAUUCUCCUUCUUAUUGUAAGUUUCUUGUUUAUAUAUAUAUUCAAGUGUACAAGUCUUAGUAAUUAUAGAAAUGAUUUCAGGGUA